AAGCACGGACCGGUGAUGUACCUGCGGCUGGGCCACGUCGACACCGUCGUGAUCUCCUCCCCGGCGGCGGCACAGGAGGUGCUCCGGGACAACAACCUCACCUUCGCGUCGCGGCCGAGCCUUGUGGCCACGGAGAUCCUAUGCUACGGGAACACUGACAUCGGCUUUGCGCCAUACGGCGCGUACUGGAGGAUGCUGCGAAAGAUCUGCACGGUGGAGGUCCUGAGCGCGCGGAAGGUGAGGCAGUUCGCGCCCAUCAGGGAUAGUGAGAUCCUUUCCCUCGUUAGGAAUGUCCGCGCUGCCGCCAGAGGCGGCGAGCCUGUAAAUCUCGGCGGACUGCUGGUGUCGUGCGCAAACACGAUCAGCGCAAAGGCGACGUUCGGUGAGGGAUGCGAUGCCGAGCUCCAGGAGCAGUUCUUGACUGCGAUGGGCGUGGCAAUGGAGUACAGCGGGGGGUUCUGCGUCGGGGACCUCUUCCCGUCCCUGCGGUUCGUGGAUGUCGUCACUAGGGUGAGACGCCGGCUCUGGCGAGCGCACAGGGUCCUCGACAAGAUCAUCACUAGGUGCGAGGCGCGGCGGAAGGAGAAGGAGUCAACGGCGACGACCGGCGGCGGAGAUGAUGACCUUCUGAGCGUCAUGCUUAGGAUCAAGGACGAGGAUGGCCUUGAGUUCCCCAUCAGCACCACAAACAUCAAGGCAAUCAUAGGGGAUAUGUUCACUGGAGGGGCCGAGACAACAUCAUCAGCCGCGGAGUGGAUCAUGUCGGAGCUUAUGCGGUACCCGGAGGUGAAGGCGAAGGCGCAGGCCGAGGUGCGACGAACAUUCGACAACAAGAACCCACGAGACCACGAGAGCCUCAUAGAGGAGCUGUGCUACACGAGGAUGGUGGUGAAGGAGGGCUUGCGGCUGCACCCGGUGCUGCCGCUCCUGCUCCCACGUGUCUGCCGGGAGACCUGCAACGUCGGCGGAUUCGAGGUCACGGAGGGCACCAGGGUCAUGGUUAACGCGUGGGCGAUAGCGAGGAGCGCCGAGCAUUGGCACGACGCGGAGGAGUUUAGGCCGGAGAGGUUCGUGGAUAGCACGGCGACAGACUACGCCGGCACGCGGUACGAGUACUUGCCGUUCGGCAGCGGGAGGAGGAUGUGCCCUGGCGGCCACUUUGCGAUGGCCACGCUGGAGCUCACUGUGGCACGGCUUCUCUACUACUUCAACUGGAGCCUCCCGAACGGUAUUCGACCGGAGGAGCUCGACAUGGACAUGAUCGUCGGCGCAACGGCAAGAAGAAGGAACCAACUGCACCUAAUUGCGGAGCCCUAUAAUGUCCCAAUCGAUCUUUAAAG